AUGGAGAACAGAAUUAUAAACGGAGUUGUGGACAGACUGUUUAACAGAAUAAACCAAGAGCCUGAGGUCCCAGAGGGUAGCUCAACGCCAGUUUCAUUACCUAAUGUGAUACAACAAAUAGUUUCCAAUCCAGCACUUCCACAAGUGGAAGGAGAACUUAGAAAUAGAUUCAAUACGCGUAAUCCAUCAACAAGAUCGACACCGAGUGUACAACCAACAGCAACCCCUGCAUUGUUGUACAAUCCCUUGACACCAUACGGGCGUCCAAGGACAUCGAGUGGCAGACGACGAAAGCGAACCGUUCAUAACGUUUUUAAAGAUGAACCGGCCGAAAGAAUUAUAUACAAGGACUUUAUCUUACUUCCAGUAAACACAAAGAAACACUCCCAGAGGCAAGGAGAGAAGCAGAUUGGAAACAGAAGGUUUUGUGGUACACGCUGUACCACUAAAACAAAACAAAACUGA